CGGGCCGGGCCGGGCCGGGCCAUGGCUGCUGCUGUCGACCUCGGGCGGCUCCUGGGCGCCGUGGACCUGAGCUGCGCUUGCUGCCUGCAGUACUUCACGGAGCCCGUGUGGCUCACGGGCUGCAGCCACAGCUUCUGCCGGCCCUGCAUCAUCGAGUACUGCAAGGGGAGGCAGCGCGCCGGCUGCCCGCUCUGCCGGGAAGGCUUCGAGCUGAAGGACCUGAGGCCCAACCGGGAGCUGGCCGCUUUGGUGAACUUAAUCCGGCAGGAGGUAAAGGAAGAAGAGUUGGAAACACGGCAUGAACCGAAACCCUCUGGAGCUGUUGCCUGCAGCGACUGGAGCUCGGCGGGGCGGCGACGUGGGGAGAAGGAGGAAGAGAUAGGGGACAUCUCCAAGCAACUAGAAAUGACUGUAGAGACCAUCCACCUCUUGAGGAACGAUCUCAGUAAAACAAAGGAAUAUACAUCUCAGAUCAAAAGCCAGAUUACUAAAGAUUUCCGUUGCAUGAAGGAAUAUGUUGAAAGACAGGAGAGAAACACACUGAUGUUCAUUGAACAAGAGCAAAAAGCAGCUCAAGAGAAAAUUGAAGAGACUAUUCACCAGCUCUGUGUUGAAGUGAACAAGCUCACAGACAUCAAAGCCCAAACGAGUAACUUACCUGAGGGACAUCGGUACAAAGGCUCACCUUCAACGAUGAAUAAAAAUACAUUUGAUGAGAAGCUUAAUGUUGUCAAAAGUGCUGUAGAAGGUCUUAAGAGAAAGUUGGAAAUUUUACUUUUGGAGAAAUACGCUCAGCAGCUCCCACGAGUGCAACCUCCAGACUUCUAUCAGGAGACAAGUGUCUGCUCAUUAUCUCCAGAGUCUGCAGCUAAAAAUCCAGAACCAAUGAUUUCAAGCCAGUUUUCUCAGUGGGCAGAUGAUGUGACUUUUGAUCUCACAAGAGUAUAUAAGCGCUUAGCAAUAACAGCCCAGAACAAGAAAGUAAUGGUUUCCAGCUACCCGACUGAUUAUGAACCAUCACCCAACAGAUUCUGCAUCAGCCAGGUGAUGUGUUCGCAGAGCUUCUCUACUGGGUGCCACUACUGGGAAGUAAUUACCAAGGACAGUGAUGGAUGGGCUGUUGGAGUUGCUCAUGGAAUGAUUGGUAAAAGGGACAAAUUAGGAAGAACAGAGCAUUCCUGGUGCAUAGAAUGGCUAGGUCCCAAAAAGCAGCUGUCAGCAUGGCAUAGGGAUCAAGAAACAUUGUUACACAAGGAUAAACCAUUGAAGGUUGGAGUUUUCCUGGAGCUACAAAAGAAGACCGUGUCAUUUUACUCCAUCACUGACAAAGAAACGCUUUUGCAUACUUUUGAAAUCAAUACCUCAAAUCCUUUUUACCCUGCUUUCUGGCUGUAUAGUCUAGAAAGAAAUGGAUCUUUAACUAUAAGUCACACAAACAGGAGAUAAAGCCUGUUCAGAAAAGUGACAGUUUUGCCUACGACUGCAGAGCUUCUAUACAAGCUUCAGUGUUUAGCACAGGAAUUUACCAAGGAGUGCAUAGCUACCCAGGCUUUCCUGGAAAUCUUUGUCUGCUCUGCUUUUCUUCAUGCUGUGCUCUGAUCUAGCCAUACUUCAUUAAAGCAAUUCCAGUGUAUGCUAAAGGUGGUAACCAUCCCUGUGGGAGUGAGGUCGAUUUCUUAAGCAGCUUUAAAUAGUCCCAGGAUAUUCCUAGGAAGGAAUGCACCAAGGAAGCUCUGAGGUUGGGGAUAAGCCCUUCCCAUGGACCUCAUUUUCCUACAUUGAUCCAAAAAAUUACAGGAGAACAGAUGAUGCCAUUACAUUCUGUCAAGUGAGCUUUCUUUAGAAAGAUCUGCUUGAGUAAGGAAUGCUCAGAGGGCAAGAAUGUUACUGAUCUCUUGCAUGAAAAUCCUUCUCUUCAGAGUAGGUACUAAAGUACAGGAAAUAGGCUCUGUAUUUGAGGACCUGACACUUCAGGGAGGUGUCCCAGAAGAACGUUGUCUCAUUGGCACCGUAUCUUGUUUUAGUCUUGCCCAGGCCACAGGGUUGUCAGUCCUGGUGGUGGUGUGACCACGGGAAUGGUUUUGGAAGCGGAUGUUUUCAAAUGUGUUUGUACCGGCUAAUAAAUCAUGCAGGCACUUUAUUGCUCUUUUAAAGAGCCGGGAAACAGGACUGUGUCAUGGAAAGGACCAUCUUUUCUUGCCAGGGAGCCUGAGGAAACAAGAGGUUCUAUGAGUUUCCUUGCCAGCAUACAGGCAAUGUUUCUGCCCUUGUUUGUCGCAUCUUUCUAGCUGC